UAAAUUUUUAUGAAGAAAAAAAAAAAGAAAAAAUGAAAAAGUAAUUUUCUCUGCAUGCAAAGUCUCCCUCUCCAACUCAAACACUCUGUAGAAGGGAACAAAACGCCCAGUACAACACACACUUAUAUUUUUAUGUGGGUUUUUGUGGGUCAGAAUCGCCGAGUCAAAGCUCAGAAGGAGCCGGAAUUUUGCAGGUGGUGUUUGGGUGUUGACAGCAGCGGAGGCACUAGAGGAAUUUUGCAGAUCUUUUGGCACUCAUCAUCUUUUGUUCUCGGCAUAAUUUUCUGUUGCUAAUAAAGAAAUGGAGGACAAUGUUCAAUCUACCAUUUUGGAGGGGGAGAUAGUUGGAAUCAGAUUUGGUUUGGCAACUCAUAAGGAAAUAUCUACGGCUUCUGUUAGUGACUGCCCUAUAAGCCAUUCUAGUCAGCUUACAAAUCCAUUCCUUGGCUUGCCGCUUGAAUUUGGUAAAUGUGAGUCUUGUGGCACAUCUGAACCUGGAAAAUGUGAAGGUCACUUUGGUUAUAUUGAAUUGCCAAUACCAAUAUAUCAUCCAAGUCAUGUUAGCGAAUUGAAGCGGUUGUUAAGCUUAUUAUGCUUAAAGUGCUUGAAAAUGAAAACAAACAAGUUUCAGGUUAAGAGCAAUGGUGUGGCUGAACGGUUGUUUUCAUGUUGUGAGGAGGCUUCUCAAAUUUCUAUUAAAGAGAUUAAAACAACGGAUGGUGCUUUUUUUUUGAAAUUGAAGCUACCAUCUAGGAUGAGAUUGAGAGAUGGUUUUUGGAAUUUCUUAGAAAGAUAUGGUUUUCGCUAUGGUGAUGACAUUACUCGAACGUUGCUUCCUUGUGAGGUGAUGGAAAUGCUUAGGAGAAUUCCACAAGAGACUAGAAAAAAACUUGCUAGAAAAGGGUAUUUUCCGCAGGAUGGUUAUAUCAUGCGAUAUAUACCAGUUCCACCAAACUGUUUGUCAGUUCCAGACAUUUCUGAUGGUGUUAGUGUCAUGUCCUCUGAUCUUUCUAUAUCCAUGCUUAAGAAAGUUCUUAAGCAAGUUGAGAUAAUCAAAAGCUCACGAUCUGGUCCAGCAAACUUUGAAUCCCAUGAAGUUGAAGCCGUUGAUUUGCAGUCAGCAGUCGAUCAAUAUCUUCAAGUUAGGGGUACUGCAAGAGCAUCUCGGGAUAUUGAAGCAAGAUUUGGGGUACACAGGGAGUCCAAUGAUUCCUCAACCAAAGCAUGGCUUGAGAAAAUGAGGACUUUGUUCAUCAGAAAGGGUUCUGGAUUCUCUUCGCGCAGUGUGAUUACAGGUGAUGCAUACAAACGUGUGAAUGAGAUUGGGAUCCCUUUUGAAAUUGCUCAGAGAAUCACGUUUGAGGAGAGGGUUAAUGUGCACAACAUCAAAUAUCUUCAAGAGCUUGUGGACAACAAGUUGUGCUUGACAUACAAGGAUGGAUCUUCCACUUAUUCACUCAGAGAAGGUUCCAAGGGACACACAUUUCUUCGUCCAGGUCAGAUUGUCCAUCGGCGAAUAAUGGAUGGAGAUACAGUCUUCAUCAAUAGACCCCCGACAACACACAAGCAUUCUUUGCAAGCACUGUCUGUUUAUGUGCACGAUGAUCACUCUGUGAAGAUCAAUCCUCUUAUUUGUGGGCCGUUAAGUGCUGAUUUUGAUGGUGAUUGCAUUCAUCUAUUCUAUCCUCAGUCCCUUGCUGCGAAAGCAGAAGUCUUGGAAUUGUUUUCAGUUGAGAAACAGUUGCUUAGCUCUCAUAGUGGCAAUCUGAAUUUGCAAUUGACCUCAGAUUCUCUUUUAUCGUUGAAGACCAUGUUUAAGGCAUACUUCUUGGACAAAGCAGCCGCUCAGCAAUUAGCUUUGUUUGUAUCAUCUUCUUUGCCACAGCCUGCCUUAUGGAAAGUUCACUCUGGCCCAUUUUGGACUGCUCCACAGAUACUACAGACUGCUUUGCCUUCUCAGUUUGACUGCAAUGGGGAAAGAUACUGGAUCAGUAAAGGGGACAUUGUAAAGGUUGAUUUUAGUAGGGAUAUCGUGCAGGCUGUUAUUAAUGAAGUUGUGAUCUCUAUCUUUUUUGAGAAAGGUCCUGAUGCUGUUUUCAAGUUCUUCAACUCUCUGCAGCCUUUGUUAAUGGAAAAUCUGUUUUCUGAAGGUUUUAGUGUUGGCUUGGAGGACUUCUACAUAUCUAGGGCUUCCAUAGAGAGUAUUCAUAGAGAUUUGAAUGUUAUUUCUCCUUUGCUUGGUCACUUAAGAUCAAGCUACAAUGAGCUGUUGGAGUUGCAAUUGGAAAAUCACAUCCGGCAUGCUAAACUACCAGCUGCAGAUUUUAUUUUAAGGUCUUCUUCCCUGGGUGAUUUAAUUGACUAUAAGAGCGAUUCAGCCAUGACCAAAUUAGUCCAACAGAUUGGCUUCUUGGGCCUGCAAAUUUCAGAUAGGGGGAAGUUCUAUUCUAAAACAUUGGUUGAAGACAUGGCUUCUCAUUUUGAGAGCAAAUAUCCUUCUGAUUUAGUUGAUUAUCCAUCUGCACAGUAUGGGUUGAUUCAAAGCUGUUUUUUUCAUGGGUUAGAUCCGUAUGAAGAGAUGGUCCAUUCAAUAUCUACAAGAGAGGUUAUUGUUCGCUCAUCGAGAGGAUUAUCUGAACCUGGGACUUUAUUCAAGAACUUGAUGGCUAUCCUUAGAGAUGUGGUUAUUUGUUAUGAUGGAACUGUGAGGAAUGUAUGCAGCAAUUCAAUCAUCCAGUUCGAGUAUGGAGUAAAUUCUGGAAUUAAGGCACAGAGUUUAUUCCCUGCGGGUGAACCUGUGGGUGUGUUAGCUGCAACUGCUAUGUCCAAUCCUGCAUACAAAGCAGUUCUUGAUUCCACUCCAAGUAGCAACUCCUCAUGGGAGUUGAUGAAGGAAAUACUUCUUUGCAGAGUUAACUUCAAGAAUGAUCUUACUGAUCGCCGCGUCAUUUUGUAUUUUAAUGAUUGUGAUUGUGGGAGAAGUUACUGUCAGGAAAAAGCGGCCUACUUGGUGAAGAAUCAUUUGGGGAGAGUCAUUCUUAAAGACAUUGCAGAGUGUUUUAUGAUCGAAUACAAGAGGCGGCAAACAAUAGCAGAUGCCAGUCUCGUUGGCCAUAUUCAUCUCAAAAAGAAGAAGUUGCAAGAAUUGAAUGUGGGUAUGGAAGUUAUUCUUCAAAAGUGCAAAGAGACGAUCGCUUCAUUUCGAAAGAAGAAAAAGCUUGCUCCUUUAUUUAAAAGGAUAGAGGUGUCUUUCAGCGAAUGUUGCUCUUUCCAGCAAUCUUGUGCUGAUGAGUGGUCCAGCAUGCCGUGCUUGAUGUUCUUUUGGCUAGACCAUGAUAUUCAUUUGGAGAACAUUUCAAAUAUCUUCUCUGAUGUAGUUUGUCCAGUCUUGUUGGAGACAAUCAUCAAAGGUGAUCAUCGAAUUUCCUCUGCAAACAUUAUUUGGGUUAGUCCAGAUACAACAACUUGGAUAAGAAAUCCUUCCAGGACUCAGAAGGGGGAACUGGCCCUGGAUGUUGUUAUUGAGAAAUCAGCUGUUAAACAGAGUGGUGAUGCAUGGAGAAUUGUCCUAGAUUCCUGCCUUCCUGUUCUUCAUUUGAUUGAUACCACACGUUCUAUACCAUAUGCGAUUAAACAAGUUCAGGAAUUGUUGGGAGUUUCUUGUGCAUUUGAUCAAGCAGUUCAGCGCCUCUCAACCUCAGUAACAAUGGUGGCAAAAGGUGUGCUCAAGGAGCACCUCAUUCUCCUGGCAAACAGCAUGACAUGUGGUGGAAAUUUGGUUGGCUUCAAUUCUGGUGGCUACAAAUCACUAUCUCGCUCAUUGGAUAUCCAAGUACCAUUUACUGAGGCAACACUCUUUACCCCAAGAAAAUGUUUUGAGAGAGCUGCAGAGAAGUGUCAUGUGGAUACUUUAUCGAGCAUAGUUGCUUCUUGUUCGUGGGGUAAGUGUGUGGCAGUUGGUACAGGAUCACGAUUUGAUUUGCUUUGGGACCAGAAGGAGGCCUGUUUGAAUCAAGAGGGUAGAAUAGAUGUUUAUGAAUUUUUAAAUAUGGUGAGAAGUGGUGCAGAUGGAGAAGAAUCAGUCACUGCCUGUUUAGGUGCAGAAGUUGAUGAUCUUAUGUUGGAGGAUGAAAUUGACUGGAACUUGUCUCCAGAGAACAAUUUUGGUUCUGAUAAGCCCAGCUUUGAAGAAACUGAUGAAUUUCAAGAAAAGCCCUGGUCUAGCUGGGGAAGUGAUAUAGCUGAAACAGAAAAUGCACUCUCCACAAAAGCCCAGGAGCAAUCUGACAAGUCCAGCGGUUGGGAUACUGCAGCUACUUGGCAGAAAAAUGCAAAUGAAAAGACAAAAAAUAACAACGAUGAGACAAACCCAUGGUCUGGUUGGGGAACAAGGAAAAUGGAAGCAUCUGAUCUCCCUGCUAUGAAAGUGCAAAAAAAAUCUGACCUGUCCAGCAGUUGGGAUACUGCAGCUGCUUGGAAGACAACUGUCAGUGGAAGUACUGAGAAAAAUGGAGCUGAGGCAAACUCUUGGUCUGGUUGGGGAAUGAGGAAAACUGAAUCACCUGAUGCCCCUGCAAUGAAACCUCAAGAAGAAAUUGGGAGGCCCAGUGAUUGGGAUGAUGGUGCUACCUGGGAGAAAAGGGCUGAAGAUGAUGUUCAGUUGGAGAAUCAUAGCACAACUGUGUUGAAGUCAAAUGCAUUGUCUGGUUGGGGUGCAGAGAAAGCUAGAAUGCAAGAUACCAUCUCUACACAUCAAGAAGAAUUUGCAGGUUCCAGUGGGUGGAACGCUGGUACUUCCUGGGGGAAGGGGGGUAAAGAUAGUGAGAAAACAAAUGAGUCAAAUACAUCAAAUUCAAAUUCUUGGUCUGGGUGGGAUAACGAGGUACCUGAGAAUCAGUUGAUAUCUGGUAGGGUUUCUUCAACUGCUGAAGACUGGAGUAAGGACAAACAUCCAACUCAAGCAGUUCAACAUUUGGAAUCACAUGUCAACAGUAGCAGUUGGGGGAAACCCAAGUCACCUGAAGUUUCACGUGGCUGGGACUCACCAAAAGAGUCUGUUAGAGCAAGAAGUUCCCAAGGUUGGGGCCUGCCAGAUUCAGGAGCAGCCAAGUCACCUGAAGUUUCACAUGGCUGGGGCACGCCAAAGGAAUCUGUUGAAGCUGGAAGUUCCCAUGAUUGGGGCCUGCCAGAUUCAGAAUCAGCCAAGUCACCUGAAGUUUCUCACGGCUGGGGCUUGUCCAAAGAGUCUAUUAAAGCAGCAAGUUCCCAGGGAUGGGGACUGCAAACUUCAGGAGUGGCCAAGUCAUCUGAAGUUUCACAUGGCUGGGGCGCGCCAAAAGAAUCUGUUAAAGCAGGAAGUUCCCAGGACUGGGGUCUGCCAGAUUCAGAAUCAGCCAGGUCACCUGAAGUUUCACAAGGCUGGGGCUUGCCCAAAGAGUCUGUUAAAGCAGCAAGCUCCCAGGGAUGGGGACUGCAAACUUCAGGAGCUAGCCCUGAAGUUUCGCAAGGCUGGACCUCGCCCAAAGAGUCUGAUAAAGCUGCAAAUUCCCAGGGUUGGGGCCUGCCAAAUUCCAGAGCCAGCCCAGAAGUUUCACAAGGCUGGGGCUCAGCCAAAGAGUCUGUAAAAGCAGCAAGUUCCCAGGGUUGGGGCUUACCAGAUUCAGAAGCCAGCAAUGGGAGUGAUAGGCAACAGCAAUGGGGACAACAAAGUGGAGAAUUUAAGAAAAAAAGAGCUGAAGGAUCAAGAGGUUGGGGUUCAAAAAGUGGAGACUGGAAAGGCAAGAACCGCCCUGCCAAGUCACCCGGAAAUGUCCAUGAUGAUUCUAGUAUGAGUGGGAUGUUUACAGCAACCAGACAGAGGUUGGAUGUGUUUACUUCUCAAGAGCAGGAUAUUCUCUCUGAAAUUGAGCCAUUAAUGCGGUCUAUCAGAAGAAUAAUACAUCUAUCUGGGUACAAUGAUGGGGAUCCACUGUCUGCUGCUGACCAGUCAUAUGUACUUGAUAAUGUCUUCAACUAUCAUCCAGAUAAAGUGGCAAAGAUGGGUGCCGGCAUUGAUCAUGUCACAGUUAGCAAGCACAGCAGUUUCCAGGAAAGCAGGUGCUUCUAUGUCGUUUCAACUGAUGGUAGCAAACAGGAUUUUUCCUACCGUAAAUGCCUAGAGAACUUCAUCAAGGGGAAGUAUCCUGACUUGGCUGAGGAAUUCAUAGAUAAAUAUUUCACUAAACCUCGUGCCAGAAGCAACCGCCAGCAGCAAAACUCUGUUUCAGAGAGGACUGGGGAUGAAAACCAGCAACAAAACCCUGAAUCAGGGAGAACUCUUGAUGACAAACAGCAGCAAAACCCUGCAUCAGAGAGAACUCUGGAUGACAACCAGCCGCAAAACCCCAUUGUGGAGGGAAAUGCAGAAUGACAAUUGGUCGUAAGGUCAUUAGUGUGCCAACAUUUUCUGAGAUAUUUUUUCAGAUGCAGACAUUGGUAUCAUCUGCUAUUUUGAUUUGUACAGAUAAAGCAGAUGUUUCCUGUUCAUAUCUCAUGUGAAUUAUACUUUGAUCACUCCUUGCGAACUGCCAUUUUUUCUGCAAAGGUGCAGUUCUUAAUGUUCUUGUUAGACAGCUAGUGAUCUAACAGUAGACCUGUUAAUUGAAGUUGCCUGUCGAUAGCAAUAUAGUGAAAUAUUUAGCUUUCUAAGAGA